AUGCACUCAUUCCUCGUUUCUUAUCAUGGCCCCUUGCGGCCCCUCUGCGGCCCCUCUGAGGCCCCGUCACCGUCACCUGCGGCCCCGUCGCCGUCACCUGCGGCCUCGUCGCCGUCACCUACGGCCACCCCGCCGCCACCUGCGGCCCCAUCACCGCCACCUGCGGCCCCGUCGCCGCCAACUCCGGCCACGCAGCCGCCACCUGCGGCCUCGCCGCCACCUGCGGCCCUGUCGCCCUCCCCUAGCGGCCACGUCACCGCCUCUACCGGCCCUGUCACCGCUAAGCCGCCCAGCGACCGAGCCGCCGAGUAG